UUGAACUCAGAGAGAUCCACUUGCCUUUGCCUCCCAGGUGCUAGGAUUAAAGGUGUGCACCACUAAGCACAGCAGGCUUUGUUUGUUUGUUUGCUUGUUUGUUUUUUUUUUAAUAUACAUGUUUUUACGUUCUUUGCAAUUUUUCCAUUCAUAAUUAAUGUAUGUGUGUGGGUCUGUGCUCGGGAAUGCCAGCACCCAAGGGGGUGGGAGAUGUCUGCUGCUCUGGAGCUGGAGUUACAGUCAGAGCCACUGCAGAGUCUGCUGUGGGGCUCCUCGCUGCCUGCUCCUGACACCUGUUCCUCCAGUUUCCAGAAGGCCAUUCCUGUAGACCAUGCUGUGUACACAGCCUCCACCUUGGCUUUCCUGGAGGGGCCCCACAGAAGUGGCCAUCAGCUGCAACCAGCACCAGCUGGGGCCACAGUGGCUGGAGGCGGUGACACACUCCCGUUGCUCCCAUGGACUGUGGUGUUCAUUCACUCUCCCCAAGCUAAUGGCCACUUGGUCUUCACAGUAAAGUACCUGGGGCUGCUGGCCAUGUCUAAAAUCCUGAAGACACACCCCAAGUCUGUGCAGUCUCACAAGGACCUGAUCCUUCAGUGCCUGGACGACAAGGACGAGUCCAUCCGCCUGCGUGCCCUCGAUUUGCUCUACGGAAUGGUGUCCAAAAAGAACCUGAUGGAGAUUGUGAAGAAGCUGAUGACCCAUGUGGACAAGGCCGAGGGCACUACCUAUCGAGAUGAGCUGCUCACCAAGAUCAUUGACAUCUGCAGCCAAUCCAACUACCAGCACAUCACCAACUUCGAGUGGUACAUCAGCAUCCUCGUGGAGCUGACAAGGCUGGAGGGCACCCGCCAUGGCCACCUCAUUGCUGCCCAGAUGCUGGAUGUGGCCAUCCGGGUCAAGGCCAUUCGAAAAUUUGCUGUGUCCCAGAUGUCUGCACUGCUUGACAGUGCCCACCUGGUGACCAGCAGCACCCAGCGCAAUGGCAUCUGUGAGGUGCUCUAUGCUGCUGCCUGGAUCUGCGGGGAGUUCUCAGAGCACCUACAGGGCCCCCAGCAAACCCUGGAGGCCAUGCUGCGGCCCAAGGUCACCACACUGCCCGGCCACAUCCAGGCUGUGUAUGUGCAGAACGUGGUAAAGCUGUACGCGUCCAUCCUGCAGCAGAAGGAGCAGGCUGACGACGCUGAGGCUGCACAGGAGGUCACCCAGCUACUGGUGGAGCGGCUGCCGCAGUUUGUGCAGAGUGCCGACCUGGAGGUGCAGGAGCGGGCAUCUUGCAUCCUGCAGCUGGUAAAGCAUGUGCAGAAGCUGCAGGCAAAAGGCGUGCCGGUGGCCGAGGAAGUGAGCGCCUUGUUUGCAGGAGAACUGAACCCUGUGGCUCCCAAGGCCCAGAAGAAGGUCCCAGUUCCUGAAGGCCUAGACCUAGAUGCCUGGAUCAAUGAGCCACCUUCAGACAGUGAGUCUGAGGAAGAGAAACCCAAGGCCAUCUUUCAUGAAGAGGAGCCGAGGCAUGCUCGGCGCCGUCAGCCUGAGGAGGAUGAGGAGGAACUGGCCCGGCGGCGAGAGGCCCGGAAGCAGGAACAAGCCAACAAUCCCUUCUACAUCAAGAGCUCCACGUCCCCACAGAAGCGAUACCAGGAUGCACCAGGCGUGGAGCACAUUCCUGUGGUGCAGAUCGAUCUCUCAGUGCCUCUGAAGGUUCCAGGCAUGCCCAUGUCAGACCAGUAUGUGAAGCUGGAAGAGCAGCGGCGGCACCGGCAGCGGCUAGAGAAGGACAAGAAAAGGAAGAAGAAGGAGAAGGGCAAGCGCCGCCACAGCUCCUUGCCUACAGAGAGCGAUGAGGACAUUGCCCCUGCUCAGCGCGUGGACAUCAUCACUGAGGAGAUGCCCGAGAAUGCCCUGCCUAGUGACGAGGACGACAAAGACCCCAACGACCCCUACAGGGCACUGGACAUCGACCUGGAUAAGCCCUUGGCUGACAGUGAGAAGCUGCCCGUUCAAAAACAUAGAAAUGCAGAGACGGUGAAGUCCCUAGAAAAGGAGGGCGUCCCUGGGGGAGAGAAGAAGAGCAAGAAGCCCAAGAAGAAGGAGAAGAAGCCCAAAGAGAGAGAGAGAGAGAAGAAGAAGGACAAGAAGGGCGAGGACUUAGACUUCUGGCUGUCCACCACCCCACCACCUGCCUCUGUCCCCGUUCCUGCCCCAUCCACGGAAGAACUUGCUGUGAGCACUGUUGCCCCCACAAAGGAUGCGUGUGAGGUACUCAGAAGGGAUGAGCCAGAGGACGUGGAGGAGCACGUGGAUCAAGACGAGGAAAGGAAAUCGUCCCGGCACAAGAAGAAGAAACACAGGAAGGAGAAAGAGGAGAAGCCACGAGACAAGAAGAAAUCCAAGAGGAAGCAGGCCGAGCCACUGGAGAACGGUGCAGCAGAAGAAGAGGAGCCCAUCCCGCCCAUGUCCAGCUACUGCCUUCUGGCGGAGAAUCCCUACAUUAAAGUGACAUAUGACAUCCAAGCCAGCCUACAGAAGGACAGCCAAGUGACUGUGUCUGUCAUCCUGGAGAACCAGAGCAACAGCUUCCUGAAGAACAUGGAGCUCAACGUCCUGGACUCACUCAACACCAAAAUGGCCCGGCCAGAGGGCUCGUCAGUGCAUGACGGUGUGCCCGUGCCUUUCCAGCUGCCCCCUGGCGUCUCCAACGAGGCCCAGUUUGUGUUCACCAUUCAGAGUAUUGUCAUGGCCCAGAAGCUCAAAGGCACACUGUCCUUCAUCGCCAAGGAUGAUGAAGGAGCCACCCACGAGAAGUUGGACUUCCGGCUGCACUUUAGCUGUAGCUCCUAUCUGAUCACCACACCCUGCUACAGUGAUGCCUUCGCCAAGUUGCUGGAAUCAGGAGACCUGAGCAUGAACUCUAUCAAAGUCGAUGGCAUUAGUAUGUCUUUCCAGAACCUUCUAGCAAAGAUCUGUUUCUACCACCAUUUUUCCGUUGUGGAGCGAGUAGACUCCUGUGCCUCCAUGUACAGCCGCUCCAUCCAGGGCCACCAUGUCUGCCUGCUGGUGAAGAAGGGUGAGAGCUCUGUGUCCGUGGACGGGAAGUGCAGUGAUGCCACACUGCUCAGCAGCCUGCUGGAGGAAAUGAAGACCACGCUGGCCCAGUGCUGAAUGGUGGAGCCCCGCACGCCCAACAGACCACAGUGUGAUGGGUCUUGCCCCUCCUUUGUGCACUGUCCCCACACCCAGCAUUAAUUUAAUGCCACCGGCCUCCACUGUGUGACCCUGAGGUCCUAAUGUUGCAUCAAUUUAUUUUAUUAUCCUUUUUUUAUUCCAACCUACACUCCUUUGGCAAGGAAGGCCACCCCAACCCUAGCCAGCAAGGGGCUCUCAGUUCCGCUCCCCAUUCCUGACGGUGGCUGUGGGGACUCCAGGCUUGUGGGCUUCCAGACUUAGAGCAAACAGUGAGGCUGUCAUGACCUCGCUCUUCUGUCCCCAUGCUGCCUCUGGAGGAGCCCUUCCAACUGCUGCUGUUCCCAAAUGGCCCAGUUGGUGGCGCCUGUGGAGAAGUGACUAGGCGAGCUGUUCUGCUUCUCCCCAGAGCCUGCGUGGCCAGAUACGGACAAAGUGGGUGGCCUGCAGCUCAGCUGCUGACAGCAGGGGUGGCCCUUUGGUUUCUUCUGUUCAACAGAGUUCUGGUCUGUCCUGGGGGUCAGUGGAGAAGGGCAACCGAUGCCCCUCAGUUUGUCCCUACACAUCAUGGGUGUGUCCCUGCACUUGCCUAGCUGUGGAGGGGUGCAUCCUGGGAGUGCUCGUGCUCCCCCAGACGUUUCUAGGCAGAGUCAAAGGACCCCAACCUGGAGACUCCCUACAGCUGGUUAGCUGGGCACAAGCUGAGCCUUCCUCAGAGGUGACAGUGUCUACAGACAUUCUGGCUGUUCCUUCGAGGAUGACUGUCACUUUAGCAUGUAGUACUCUGUGACCGACCCCACAUGACCCUCCAGCUCUAUGAUGUUCCAUGAUUGAUUUGCUGUCGACAUUCCCAUGUGAAGAGAGAUAUAUCACGCUGCUGACGAUCGGUGUCACAAUGACCCAAUAAAGAGUCUCAAAACA